GCAACACCUUUUAGUAUAAAGCAGUUCAGAAUAAUCCCCUUGAUUUUCAAAAAGUUUUGUGACAUUAUUUAAAUAGUUUUUAUUUUUUCAAAUGGCUGAUAAACUUACAGAUUACUGAAGUUAUUAAGUCAGGAACACAUAAGGCCUUCUUGCAUAAAUUAACCGUACGCCACACCCCUUUCUACCCCUAGAGAAUCUGUAGGGGCCAAGAUGUGACAUAGUUGUACCCAGAAUGAGGAACUUCCUGCAAUUAACAGUUUUAGUCCUCUGCAUCCACAAUUUGAUCUGUGAGUCUCAAACUGUGGAGGUCCAUCCCAAUGAGGACAUCACUCUGUUCUGCUCCAACAUCUCUCAAUCUGCAACUCAGACCGAAUGGUUCAGAGUGAUCAACAGAACCGAGCCCAGCUGUAUCUCCUCCAUGUACGGAGCUGAAGGUGAAGCUUCCUACUGCAAUGGAAUCCAAAAUGAAAAAUUUGAGAUGAGCAGCAACACGACGACCGUCUUUCUUCAGAUCAAACGAGUGGACCCAUGGGACUGCGGGCUGUAUUUAUGUGGCUUUUAUAUGAAUAAACAUACAGUUAUUGGCAAUGCAACACAUUUAACCAUUAAAGCCAAUGAAGAUUCAAAUGAUGAAUUGGAUUCUAAAAAUAAAAAAGAAGCUGACCAACAGACAGACCUUAUGCUUGGGAUUUUGGGUGCUCUGACUUUUCUUCUUUCUGUAGCAGUCAUCAUUCUGGCUGUUAAAAAUAGGAAACUUCAGACGGCUUCAAGGGUAAAGCUGCAAAAAGACAGAAACAAGAAUCUGGACUCUGAUGAUCUGAACUACACAGCUCUGAGUUUCCAAGCGGACUCAAAAAGAUGCCACAGGCCAGCACCAAACGAAGAACUACAGUCACAUGUUGUGUAUGCUGUCCCCAGCUAGAUUCAGGAAGCAACAGGAACAGGAGCUUAGAAUGAGUCUCAGACCGUAUAACAUUUAUUUACUUUUGUUUCAGUCCAUGGUAUCUGUAUGUAAUGUGAGUGCAUGGGAAAGAAUACAAUUGUGUAUUUACUUUAUUAA